AAAACUAUUCGAUUGCAUAGACUUGAUCACACCCCUUAAUAAAUUUCUUUAUGAAGUCUGAAGAUAUGUUGCUUUUUCCAACUUUUCAAUGGCCACUGGCUCCGUCCCUUCUAUUUCUUGCACAACCACUCCUCCAUCCCCAAGCCAAAAGUCAUCCGCAACCUUCUGGUCAGAAGAAAGGCCACACAAGCUGAGUUUGAGCAGGAAGCAGGAAAGGAGGGGAACACAGGCGGCUGCUACUGAUCAGCUUCUUUUUGUUUAUCUCCAUUCAUCGAUCAUAUAUAGCAACCUUGUUCUUGUUGUUGUGAAGAAGAAGAAGAAGAAGGAGCGGAAGAAGAAAAAAAAAAGAUAGGAGACUGCUUUUGUUGGUCAGGUGGGAUGUUUCGCUCCAUUUCAAGAUGUGUCAAUUCUGUAUGAAGUGGUCAAGAAGCAAGCAUAUUCAGAGCUGAGUUCUUUCUUCAAGAAAUCGUCUGAAUGGCUUAUCCAUCCACCUCCGGGAUGGUCCAAGCUUCUUCAUCCCUCCAUGGCAGCAUUGCAGGAGAAGGGAUCCCGAAGGAUAUGACAUGUCGUCGGAUCUGGACCAAGCCCUACUCCUCUACUUCGAUGGUCAGCAAGCCAAGACAUCAGUUCAAGUUCAAGAACAACAACCGCAGACUCUCAACAUCUUCCCCUCCCAGCCAAUGCACAUCGGCCCAUCCCCAAAGGGCUCCAUGGCUUCUUCUUCAGCUCCCGCAGCAGCAACACAGGUCGCUGGCCCUUCCAAGAACCCGCAGGCGCCGUCGUCGUUGAAGGUGGGAGGCGGGCCGCCGCCGCUCGCCGCCGGUAAGAGCUCCAAGGCAGCAAUCAAGAGAGAAGGUAGCGGCAGCGGCAAGCAUCAUGGCGCCGCCGCGGGAGCUUCGAGCACGGCGGACCAGGAGGCCGGGCCCCGGACGCCGGACCCAAAGACCCUGCGGCGGCUCGCGCAGAAUAGGGAGGCCGCCAGGAAGAGCAGGUUGAGGAAGAAGGCUUAUAUCCAGCAGCUAGAGACAGGCAGGAUCAGGCUGGCACAGCUAGAGCAGGAGAUGCAGAUGGCAAGAACUCAUCAGGGUGCACUAUGGGGUGCAGGAACUCUAAGCCCAGACGCGGCGCUGUUCAACCUGGAGUACGAGCGGUGGCUGGGGGAGCACAGCAAGGUGGUGGCCCGUCUGCGGGCCGCCGCGGAGGAGCACCGGCCGGACGUCGAGCUGCGGGCGUACGUGGACGAGGCCGCCGCGCACUACGGCGCGCUGAUGGGCCACAAGGCCCGGCUCGCCGCCGCCGACCCGCUCCACCUCCUCUCCGGCCUGUGGAAGGGCGCCGCCGAGCGCUGCUUCCUCUGGAUCGGCGGCUUCCGCGCCUCCGACCUCGUCAAGGUCGUGGUCCGGCACGUGGAGCCGCUGGCGGAGCAGCAGGCGGCGGGGGCGCGCGACGUGGAGCAGGCGGCGCGGCGGACAGAGGAGGCGCUCGACGCCGAGCUGGAGGCGCUGCUGCGGUCGCUCUCCGAGGUCGUGUCCUCGGACGUGCAGCCGCCGGGGCCGGGGAUGAUGUACGGCGGCGGCGGCCAGCUCUACCACCCGGCCGACGUGGCCGGCUACAUGGGGAUGGGCCACAUGCACGUCGCCCUCGCCAUGGACAAGGUGGCCUCGCUCGGAACCAUCCUCAGACAGGCAGACGAGCUGAGGAUGCAGGCGUUGCACGCGCUCCGGCAGAUCCUGACGGCGAGGCAGGCGGCGCGCUGCUUCGUCGCCGCCGAUGACUACUUCUGCCGCCUCCGGACGCUCAGCGCGCUCUGGACCACCAGCCGGACGGCCCAGCUGGCUAGAGGCCCGGCCGGGUAGACAUAUCUCUACGGCGGCAUGCAUGGACGAUAUGGAAUACGUACACGUACAUACGCGGCCGGCUAGGUACUAGCUUAGCUAUGACGUAUAGCAACGUAGAAAGCGUUAAACUACACAUCAUGCAAAUGUACGUACCCAUGAUAUAUAUAUAGAGAUAGAUAGACACAAAAUAUCGUAUAGAAGUGCUCCGGUGGUGGUUCUCUUUUCAAAGUUGCAACAAUUUCAAAGCAGAUUAGUGAGGUACCUUCCAUAUGUAUAUGUGUGUUUGAACUUUGAAGGGAGAACCGUCGCUUGUGAAUGAAAACGAUUGUGAUAUUCAUAUACUUGUUGACUUUGUUUA